AUGGGCCACCAGAGACCACCUAGCAGCUCAGCCAAGAAAGCGACCUCUCUCCCUUUUCCGCCUUUUCAAAGGCAGAACUUCAGCUGCCGGCUGGGGAAGACUGUCUGCAGGGUUGAGAGUGAAAGCGGCUUCUCUCCUUACUCUCCUCCUCGGAGGGUGGGGACAGCUCUGCCAGAUGAACUCACAAAUUCAUCAGAAACCAGAUUGUCUUUAGAAGACCUGUUUAGGAAAGAAUUUGUGCUUCAUGAUCCAGAAGCUCGAUGGAUCAAUGAUACAGAAGUGGUGUAUAAAAGCGAGAAUGGACAUGUCAUUAAACUGAAUAUAGAAACAAAUGCUACCACAUUAUUAUUGGAAAACACAACUUUUGUAACCUUCAAAGCAUCAAGACAUUCAGUUUCACCGGAUUUAAAAUAUGUUCUUCUGGCAUAUGAUGUCAAACAGAUUUUUCAUUAUUCGUAUACUGCCUCAUAUGUGAUUUACAAUAUACAUACUAGGGAAGUUUGGGAGUUAAAUCCUCCAGAAGUAGAGGACUCCGUCUUGCAGUACGCAGCCUGGGGUGUCCAAGGGCAGCAGCUGAUUUAUAUUUUUGAAAAUAAUAUCUACUAUCAACCUGAUAUAAAGAGCAGUUCAUUGCGACUGACAUCUUCUGGAAAAGAAGGAGUAAUUUUUAAUGGGAUUGCUGACUGGUUAUACGAAGAGGAACUUCUGCGUUCUCACAUCGCCCACUGGUGGUCACCAGAUGGAGAAAGGCUUGCCUUCCUGAUGAUAAAUAACUCAUUGGUACCAACCAUGGUUAUCCCUCGGUUUACUGGGGAGCUGUAUCCCAAAGGAAAGCAGUAUCCUUAUCCUAAGGCAGGUCAAGUGAACCCAACAAUAAAAUUAUAUGUUGUAAACCUGUAUGGACCAACUCAUACUUUGGAACUCAUGCCACCUGACAGCUUUAAAUCAAGAGAAUACUAUAUCACUAUGGUUAAAUGGGUGAGCAAUACCAAGACAGUGGUGAGAUGGUUAAAUCGACCUCAGAACAUCUCCAUCCUCACAGUCUGUGAGACCACUACUGGUGCUUGUAGUAGAAAAUAUGAAAUGACGUCUGAUACGUGGCUCUCUAAACAGAACGAGGAGCCUGUAUUUUCUAGAGAUGGAAGCAAAUUCUUCAUGACAGUUCCUGUUAAGCAAGGGGGCCGUGGAGAAUUUCACCACAUAGCUAUGUUCCUCAUCCAGAGUAAAAGUGAGCAAAUUACUGUGCGGCAUCUGACAUCAGGAAACUGGGAAGUGAUAAAGAUCUUGGCAUACGAUGAAACUACCCAAAAAAUUGCUUCUACUGAAGGCUUAUUGAAUCGCCAAUGCAUUUCAUGUAAUUUUAUGAAAGAACAAUGUACAUAUUUUGAUGCCAGUUUUAGUCCCAUGAAUCAACAUUUCUUAUUAAUUUGUGAAGCUAAGUGGGAUGAAGAACCAGGAGGCCAGUUGGUUAAUGAUAAAUUCCAUAUUGACUGGGAUUCCGUACUUGUCGACACAGAUAAUGUCAUUGUAGCAAGAUUCGAUGGCAGAGGAAGUGGCUUCCAGGGUCUGAAAAUUUUGCAGGAGAUUCAUCGAAAGUUAGGUUCAGUAGAAUUAAAGGACCAAAUAGCAGCUGUGAAGUUUUUACUAAAACAACCAUACAUUGACUCCAAAAGAUUAAGCAUUUUUGGAAAGGGGUAUGGUGGCUAUGUUGCAUCAAUGAUCUUAAAGUCAGAUGAAAAGCUUUUUAAAUGCGGAGCUGUGGUUGCACCUAUCACAGACUUGAAGUUGUAUGCCUCAGCUUUCUCUGAAAGAUACCUUGGUAUGCCAUCUAAGGAAGAAAGCACUUACCAGGCAGCCAGUGUGCUACAUAAUAUUCAUGGCUUAAAAGAAGAAAAUAUAUUAAUAAUUCACGGAACUGCUGACGCAAAAGUUCAUUUCCAGCAUUCAGCAGAAUUAAUCAAGCACCUAAUAAAAGCUGGAGUGAAUUAUACUAUGCAGGUCUACCCAGAUGAAGGUCAUAACGUAUCUGAGAAGAGCAAGUAUCAUCUCUACAGCACAAUCCUCAGAUUCUUCAGUGAUUGUUUAAAGGAAGAAAUAUAUGUGUUACCACAGGAACCAGAAGAAGAUGAAUAA